AUGCUUUUUACACUAGUCUUAGUGAGUAUAGUUAUUCCAUUGGUAAACUGCAACUGUGACGAAGAAUUCAAAAUUGUUUGCUAUUUUUCCUCGUGGACUGGUAUUCAUCCUGAUGCGAAGAAUUGCACUCAUAUUGUUUACACAUUUGCGCGUAUUGAAGAUGAUAAUACUCUGACGGGUAUUGAAUUUUCCGAAGAAUAUCGAAAAGAGAACAGACAUCCACUCGUUUUUUUAGGUGUAUGGAACAAUCCACUGAAAGAUUUUAAGAACAGUAAAGAUCCUCAAUUGAAAAUUCUAGUAGCUAUUGGUGGGCAAGAUUAUGCCAUUCGCCGGGCAAACGAUAUGAUGUCCAAAGAUGAAUAUCGACAAAAGUUCGUUAUUUCAACAACAAAACUUUUACGAACACAUGAAUUCGAUGGAUUGGAUUUAAAUUUUGAGCCAAGUGAAGCACUGGGACCGCCAUCAACAUCAACACCACAAUUAAUCGAAGACAAGAAACGAUUGUCAACGCUCUGUAAAGAUCUUCAAGAAGAGUAUGCCGAGGAAGCUGGUCGAACAGGACGUGCACGUUUACUACUGACUGUAACUAUUUCUGGAAUCAAGAAAGAACUCGAAUCGCGUUACGAUUUAGCAGAGCUCGCGAAGUGCGCUGACUGGCUCAAUGUUCAAACGUAUGACUAUCGAGGUUCACGAGAUAAAAUAGCUGAGCAUCAUAGUCCCCUGAUGCCAGCAACACAUGUAGAAGGUCGUGAUAAAGAUUUGAAUCAGGAUACAAGCAUCAAAUAUUUGAUCAGUAAUGGUGUUGAACCGUCAAAAAUCUUGGUAGGUCUUCCAGCAUUUGGAAAGAAAUUUCGUCUAACCAGCGAUCUGCACGAUCUCGGUAGUCCCGCCACAUUUGUUGGAAGUGUGCCUUAUACUGAGUUGUGUCGAAAUAUGAUGUCUGGUUGGCAACGCGUAUUUCUCGAUGAUCGUAAAGUUCCAAUCAUGAUCAAAGGCGACGAAGUGAUUGGUUACGAUGAUUUACAAAGUAUGGAAUUAAAGAUCAACUAUGCUAAAGAACAACGUCUUGCUGGAAUGUUUAUUUAUCCAGUGAACUUUGAUGAUAGCUCAGGUCAAUCGUGUAAUCAAGGAAAAUUUCCAAUUGUUUCUCUCAUUAAACGGUUAACAUCGAACUAUACUGUUUCAUGUACACCGGCAACUACACCGCCUUUAACUACAACAGUCGCACCAAAAAACCGUACAAAAAUCAUUACUCCACGAUGGAAAUCAUCGCGUAUAGACCAUUUCAUUCCAGGCGGAGGUCUCAUCAGAGAUCAUCGAAGACUACAUAAUGCAAGUUAUUCUGUAACAUCAACACAUCUGACUGUAUAUAUCUACUCAAUCUUUUUAUUCCUUUUUCUUCUAUGA